AACUUUAGGACCUUGAUGGUUCGUACGAAAUUCUACUACGUUACUUUACUCGCACUUCAUCCGCGCGCGUCUUUCAACUUCCACCACCACCUCUCCUCCUCAUCCAGUACGGUUACCUCUCACCAUGGUCAAGGCCGUCAAGGGCACCCUCGUCAAGUGUGACGCAUCCAUCAAAGCCAUGCUGGUGGACAUUGACAGCAAACGAAACAACGAAUUCAUCAUCGAAGAUCUCGACGAAGAGCAUGUACUUGUCAAGGAAACGAAGGUCAAGGAAUUGAAACAGCUGCUACAAUCGAUGUUGAAGGAACGACUCAAAGAACCCGAAAGCUCGGAUUCAGAAUAACAUGCUAAGGUAUCUCGCAGAGCCUCACGGCUCAUCUGCUUAUGCCACGCUGUAUCCCCCGUGUCCGACGGGUACUUCCUCCAUCGCCGCUUCACGAAUUGCCUCUCCACACUCGUUUACUUGGUCUCCUUCUGUGCGGCACCCUCAACGGCAUGAAUCCAAGGUGCGCGGCUGCGGGUGAAGAGCUCUGCGCCCGCCUUGUAGUUGUUGAUCGCGUCAGCAUCGUCGAGAGUUCCGAC